AUGGCAAUACUAUCAAGACUCCCUACAAAGGACAGGCUAGCUUCUUGGGGUCUUUCUGUUCCUUUGCAGUGUGUGCUUUGCUCGGCAGGACAAGAGUCCCAUCAACACUUGUUCUUCCAAUGCUCAUUCGUAUCAAGGGUCUGGGGCCACUUCUGUGGACAAUCCAUCCCUUCUGCCCCGUCAUCCUUUCUUGAGGUUGCUGGUUUAUUAUCAAAUCAUCAGGUCGCUUCUUCUUCAGUUCUAUCAGGCGUUAUCAAGUUGUUGCUGCAGUGCAUCGUCUACUGCGUAUGGCGUGAAAAAAAUAUGCGCAUCUUCCAGCAAACAUCUACUACCGAAGCCGGGAUCUAUUCACGUGUCGAUCGCCUGAUGCGUGAUCGACUCAUCUCCAUUCCACCUUCUACCCCGUUGUCGCCGUCUCCUAUGCUCGUCUACUUCCGCCUGCCACCUCCUGAUCCGUAA